AUGCCUCAGGGAUACGAAACAUUUAAUAAACUGGAGAAGCUAAGCUUGGAGGGCUGCACAGAUCUGACCUCCCUACCUUCAAAAAUCGGUUUCAUUUCUUCAUUGAAGUUUCUGAAUCUAAAUAGAUGUACGCAUCUGCAAGAUAUUCCUGCUGAGUUUGGAAGGUUGAGUUCACUGAAUUUUCUGCUGAUGGAUGGAUGUGAGAAUUUAACAGCACUGCCUGAAAGCAUGGACAGCUUGUCUUCUCUGCAAGUGCUAGAUUUAAAGGGUUGCAUCAAGCUGCAGCGAUUGCCAGAAAGAUUUGGAAGGCUUCCUCUACAGUCGCUUAUUCUUCAAUCCCUCCAAAGUUUAGAGGAACUUCCACAAAGUAUAGGAGACUUAUCAUAUCUGAGGAGCCUUGAAAUAAUAUCCUGCAACUCAUUAACCAGUCUCCCCGACAGCAUUGUGCAGCUGAAAAUGUUAGAGAUUUUCUUCAUAAAGAACUGCAUUAAACUUGGUGCUCUGCCAAGAAACUUUGGAGAGUUAACUUCCUUACAGUCGAUAAUUGUGAUCUAUUUCCCUAGUCUGAAGGAAUUGCCUCCUGGAAUUAAUGCACUUAUGGCCUUGAAAGACUUUUAUUUGCAAAGAUGCAUCAGCCUGGCGAGUUUUCCUGAGUGCAUCGAAGGGCUAGCAUGUUUGGAACGAUUGACAUUGAAGGGGCACUUGUGA